GGCGGGGACGAAGGUAUGAGGUCAUCACGGCGCGCCGGGAGCCGUAAUUUAAAGGGGCCGCGCUACUGCUGCGGUAAUGGAGGGACAGGAGACGGCGGCACCGCGGAGCUAAGCCGGCUGUGGGCCCUGCCGGCGUCGGGAGAACGUUCUCCUUGUGUCCAGCCUAACCUGACCCCUCUGCAGCGUCCCCUGGAGCUCUGGGGCCGGGCCAAAGCCGGGUUCUCCUUCCCCAGGAAAGCCCGGUCAGUGCUCGGAGGUCCUGCCAAGCCUUCGCCAGGCCAAACGUCCGCGCUUCAGCCCACCCGGAAUUACCUGGCAGCCCCCCGCUGUGCGCCUGCGAACCAGGGAGUAGCAUGUGCUCUCAGGGAGCUCGCAGCACCUGGUGCUUGUCCGUAUAGAGAUAGGGCUGUACAAGGCCACAGCUGGGCCUCGGAGGCAGCCCCGGAGCCAGCCGCAGACAUGGGCCAGAGUGAGUCUGAGCUGCCUCAGCCCCCACCCCAGGAUGCGGCACUCACCGACAUGCUCCCCAAUAUCAAGCUGCUGGUGGAGGACCCGCUGCAGACCAGCCUGGUGAUGGGAAUGAUGAUCGGUGUGGGGGCUGCGGUGCUGCUAAUGGCCGGCCUCAUCCUGGUGUUUGUCCGGAGGCUGCGUACAAAGAAGGUCCAGGCCCAGGAGACUCCGAAGUAUCGAUUCCGCAAGAGGGACAAGGUCCUUUUCUACGGACGCAAGAUCAUGCGCAAGGUCUCCCAGUCUACCUCCUCCCUGGUGGACACCACUAUCUCCACAGCCUCCCGGCCGCGCAUGAAGAAGAAACUCAAGAUGUUGAAUAUUGCCAAGAAGAUCCUUCGAAUCCAGAAAGAGACGCCGACCCUGCAGCGGAAGGAGCCUCCCCCUGCUGUGCUGGAGGCCGACCUCACUGAGUUUGAUGUGGCCAAUUCGCACCUGCCUUCGGAGGUGCUCUACAUGCUUAAGAAUGUUCGGGUGCUGGGCCACUUUGAGAAGCCCCUGUUCCUGGAGCUGUGUCGCCACAUGGUGUUCCAGCGGCUGAGCCAGGGCGACUACGUGUUCCGGCCGGGCCAACCAGACGCCAGCAUCUACGUGGUCCAGGACGGGCAGCUGGAGCUCUGCCUCCCGGGCCCUGAUGGGAAGGAGUGUGUGGUGAAGGAGGUCUUCCCCGGGGACAGCGUCAACAGCCUGCUCAGCAUCUUGGACGUCAUCACGGGGCACCAGCGGCCGUACAGGACAGUCUCCGCCCGGGCUGCCCGCGACUCCACAGUGUUGCGACUGCCUGUGGAAGCCUUCUCUGCUGUCUUUGCAAAGUACCCCGAGAGCCUCGUGCGAGUUGUGCAGAUCAUCAUGGUGCGUCUGCAGCGAGUGACCUUCUUGGCCCUUCACAAUUACCUGGGCCUGACCAAUGAGCUCUUCAGUCACGAGAUGCAGCCUCUGCGCCUGUUCCCAAGCCCGGGCCUCCCAACCCGAACCAGCCCUGUGAGGGGUCCCAAGCGUGUCAUCAGUGCCUCCACUGCUGAAGAACCACGGGAUCCUCUGGCCCGGCCCCAGGACCCUACAGGAGCCCCCCUUCCAGGCCCCCCAGGGGACCCCGUGAAGCCCCCGGCCUCUCUGGAACCCCCUGCUGCCCCCCUGCUGAGUCGGUGCAUCUCCAUGCCUGUGGACAUCUCUGGGCUGCAGCGGGGCCCACGCUCCGACUUUGACAUGGCCUAUGAGCGGGGCCGAAUUUCGGUGUCCCUCCAGGAGGAGGGCUCAGGGAGCCCAGUAUCCAGCACGCCCCGGUCGAUGUCUCAGGAGCCCCGGGAACAGCCGGCGGGAGCCUGUGAGUACAGCUAUUGUGAGGACGAGUCAGCCGGGGGUGACUGCCCCUUCGGGCCCUACCAAGGCCGGCAGACCAGCAGCAUCAUCGAGGCGGCCAAGCGGGAGUUGGUGAAACUGAUGAAGAUAGAGGACCCCACGCUGCUGAACAGCCGAGUGCUGCUGCAUCACGCCAAGGCUGGCACGGUCAUCGCCCGCCAGGGGGACCAGGAUGCGAGCCUGCACUUUGUGCUCUGGGGCUGUUUGCACGUGUACCAGCGCAUGAUUGACAAGGCGGAGGACGUGUGUCUGUUUGUAGCCCAGCCUGGAGAGCUGGUGGGUCAGUUGGCCGUGCUGACAGGGGAGCCACUCAUCUUCACCCUGCGGGCACAGCGGGACUGCACUUUCCUGCGUAUUUCCAAGUCAGGCUUCUAUGAGAUCAUGCGGGAGCAGCCAAGUGUGGUCCUGAGUGCUGCCCACACUGUGGCUGCCCGCAUGUCCCCAUUUGUACGCCAGAUGGACUUUGCAAUUGACUGGACAGCCGUGGAGGCUGGACGUGCCCUCUAUAGACAGGGUGACCGCUCAGACUGCACCUACAUUGUUCUCAAUGGCCGCCUGCGCUCCGUCAUCCAGAGGGGCAGUGGCAAGAAGGAGUUGGUUGGGGAAUAUGGCCGUGGGGAUCUUAUCGGGGUGGUGGAGGCACUGACCCGACAGCCCCGGGCCACAACAGUGCAUGCCGUGCGGGACACAGAACUUGCCAAAUUGCCUGAGGGGACCCUGAGCCACAUUAAAAGGAGGUACCCACAGGUUGUGACGCGGCUGAUCCACCUGCUGAGCCAGAAGAUCCUUGGGAAUCUACAGCAGCUGCCGGGACCCUUCCCAGGUUCAGGGCUUGGUGUGCCGCCUCCUUCGGAACUUACCAACCCAGCCAGUAACCUGGCUACGGUGGCCGUCCUGCCUGUCUGUGCAGAGGUGCCCAUGGUGGCCUUCACCCUGGAGUUACAACAUGCUCUGAGAGCCAUCGGCCCAACUCUACUCCUCAACAGCGACAUCAUCCGGGCCCGGCUCGGGGCUUCAGCCUUGGACAGCAUCCAGGAGUUCCGGCUGUCAGGUUGGCUGGCCCAACAAGAGGACACACACCGAAUCGUGCUCUACCAGACCGAUGGCUCCCUCACCCCCUGGACUGUGCGCUGCCUGCGCCAGGCUGACUGCAUCCUCAUCGUGGGCUUGGGGGACCAGGAGCCCGCUCUUGGCCAGCUGGAGCAGAGGCUGGAGAGCACGGCCGUGCGGGCACUAAAGCAGCUGGUUCUGUUGCACCGAGAGGAAGGCCCGGGGCCCAGCCGCACAGUGGAGUGGCUCAACAUGCGCAGCUGGUGUUCUGGCCACUUGCACCUCCGCUGCCCCCGCCGUCUCUUUUCCCGCCGCAGCCCUGCCAAACUGAGAGAGCUCUACGAGAAGGUCUUCUCUCGCCGUGCUGACCGCCACAGUGACUUCUCCCGCUUGGCACGGGUGCUGACGGGAAACACCAUUGCCCUGGUCCUGGGAGGGGGCGGGGCCAGGGGCUGCUCCCAUAUUGGGGUGCUGAAGGCUCUGGAGGAGGCUGGCGUGCCCGUGGACAUGGUGGGCGGCACGUCCAUUGGCUCUUUCAUUGGGGCACUUUACGCAGAAGAACGCAGUGCUAGUCGUACUAAGCAGCGUGCUCGAGAAUGGGCCAAGAGCAUGACAUCAGUGUUUGAGCCGGUGCUGGACCUCACGUACUGUACCUCCAUGUUCUCAGGCUCUGCUUUCAACCGGAGUAUCCACCGGGUUUUCCAGGACAGACAGAUUGAGGAUCUGUGGCUGCCUUACUUCAAUGUGACCACAGAUAUCACAGCUUCAGCCAUGCGUGUGCAUAAGGACGGGUCUCUGUGGCGGUACGUCCGGGCGAGCAUGACGCUCUCGGGCUACCUGCCCCCACUCUGUGACCCGAAGGAUGGCCACCUGCUCAUGGACGGCGGCUACAUCAACAACCUGCCAGCUGAUAUUGCCCGGAACAUGGGGGCCAAGACGGUGAUAGCCAUAGACGUCGGCAGCCAGGAUGAAACCGACCUGAGUAACUAUGGGGACAGUCUGUCGGGCUGGUGGCUCCUCUGGAAACGUUUCAACCCCUGGGCCGAGAAGGUCAAGGUGCCGGACAUGGCCGAAAUCCAGUCCCGCCUGGCCUACGUGUCCUGUGUGAGGCAGCUAGAGAUAGUGAAGUCAAGUUCUUACUGUGAGUAUCUGCGCCCACCCAUAGACUGCUUCAAAACCAUGGACUUCGGCAAGUUUGACCAGAUCUACGACGUGGGGUAUCAGCAUGGGAAGGUGGUGUUUGGUGGCUGGAGCCGUGGGGACAUCAUUGAGAAGAUGCUGAGGGACAGGCGUUCUGCUGACCUCAAUGAGAGUCGGCGCACCACCGACGUGCUGACCUGUCCCAGUGCCGGCUUUACUGACUUAGCAGAGAUUGUGUCCCGGAUUGAGCCGACCAAAAGUUAUGUGUCUGACAGCUAUGCUGAUGGAGAGGAGUCAGAUUGUCUGACAGAGUAUGAAGAGGACGGAGGUCCCGAUGGAGCCCGAGAUGAAGGGGGCUCCCCUGGAGGGGGGACCCCCAGCAGCACCUUUGAGACUGAUGAGGAGAAGAGUCUGAGGCACCGGCGAGGCCGCCCCCAGGAUCCCCCGGGCUCCACUGCAGAGACCUGAGCCCUCUCUGGAGGGGGUCCCACCCUCCUAUCUUGGGAGUGACUCCAGGGCCAAUUGGGCCCCAGCCAAGGGAAGGGUGUAGCCCAAGGUGGGGAUGGGGACACUUGCACUGGACUUGGCACUGGACUGAGCUGCCCUGGGGUGGGGGGCUUGCACUGAAUUGACCCCUAUCCUCCCCCCCAAAAUAAAUGCUCAUAGCUUCUAUGCUUGCCUGCUGCCUUCUGGACCCAAGGACUGUGGAAUCCCCGAUCCCCUCAGGCAGGUGCUAGGCUGUUGUUUACCCUGGUGGCCACAAGGGGGCCACACUUCACCACUAAGCCAGUCCAGUCCAGCUACUCUCAUAGGCUCUUGGAGGCCUGGGCUUGGGGGCACACACUUGUGAGCCUCACGUCCAGGGACACACCCACGGGAAGAAACAUGCAGAGCCCCGACCAACCAGGCCUGCUGAGGGUCCUUCUUUCCUUUCUUACCCACGAUGCUGCAUAAUA